GAUUGGCUUGGUUGCUACCACGUGACCGCGUCACUGGAGUUUCCACGACAGCUGGAAGCUCUACGAUCCGGCCGCCUCAGUCAUAUAAUAUAUUUAUACAUCUAUAUACACAAUAGAACUGUAUACACAUAGCAAUAGUUUUGCCCAGCAGUUUAUACUGAGCGAUUUUUUUACGUAAACGAGCAAUCGUGCAAAGAACAUGGGAGACAAGAAGAGUCCGACCAGGCCAAAAAGACAGCCCAAGCCUUCCUCUGACGAAGGAUACUGGGAUUGCAGUGUGUGCACGUUCAGGAACAGCGCCGAGGCUUUCAAGUGCAUGAUGUGCGAUGUCAGGAAGGGCACAUCGACACGGAAACCCCGUCCUGUAUCUCAGUUGGUUUCACAGCAAGUAACCCAGCAGUUUGCACCUCCUACACAGCCAAAGAAAGAGAAAAAAGACAAAGCAGAAAAGGAAAAAAGUGAGAAGGAAACUGCACUCAAAAAGAACAGUCACAAGAAAACAAGGCCAAGAUUAAAAAACGUGGACAGAAGCAGUGCUCAACAUUUGGAAGUGACAGUAGGAGACCUGACUGUUAUUAUCACAGACUUUAAGGAGAAAACAAAGUCCACACCUGCUUCCAGUGCUACAUCUGCUGAUCAGCACAGCCAGAGUGGCUCCAGUUCCGACAACACAGAACGAGCAAUGUCCAGGUCAUCAUCUCCUCGGGGAGAAGGAUCAUCAGUAAAUGGAGAAUCCCACUAAACAUGCCACUUAACUUUCAUUAGUCAGUUUUGGUCAUCACAAUGUAAAAUGUAUGCCAAGAUAUAUCGCCAGAAGUUGAAAUUUAGCCAAGAAAACAGGAUACACCAUAUUUUCAUGACAUGCGGGAAUAGCAGUGCAUACAGUCUUAAAGCCUUUUUAUGCACUGGAGAGCUUAAGCUUCCAAAAGAGUGUAACUUUGUACUUUAAGAUAUGGUACCAAUUUUUUUUCACCCUUGAUGUAUAUGGAAUACGAUGUAAAAAGCUCUUGAUGUUUCCAAAAGUAGACUACUCUAAGUGUCAUGUAAAUGUGGUAGUAUUUUUCUUUGAAUCAGUGUUAUAAUAUCACUAUUCAGUUUUUACCUUUUUGCUUUGUAUCCCAGUUUCCCACCUGGCAUGAAAUGCAUACAAAUCUAGGAAAAAAGUGAAAGACCUUCCACCCUGUGUUGGCUGGGAUUGGCUCCAGCAGACCCCCGUGACCCUGUGUUAGGAUAUAUAGCGGGUUGGACAAUGACUGACUGACUGUCUAACAUGCAUACCAUUUUAAAACAUACAAUGUAUAGCAACCAGAUGUAUAUGCACAAUGCCAUUAGUAUGUGAAGUAAUAGCAGCAGGUUAUUUAUGUGCACAAUGGCAUAAUAAUAUGAUCUAAACAUAAUAGCUACAGAUCCUUUACGUAGUCAUUUUUAUUACACCGGCUGGCACUUGGUGUGGUUAAACCAGAGCCUGUUCAAUGAAGUUGAAACGGAAAAUGAAAAAGACAAGUGUAUGUAUAUCAAUUUUAUAAUUGUUUUACAGCACACAUGCCCCUUUGUGUUGCUGCUUUUAAUGAGCAGUCUUAUUGUAUGUAAAUGAACACCUCACAUAACGCAUUGUUUUAAUGUCAAUACAAAGGUUUAUAAGUAAAAGAAUGUUUAGAGAUUGGUUUAUAUCUUGAUCUUCUUCCCACUCAUUUUAUAUUAUAAAUGUUAGUUUGUUGUUCCUUACAGUGAUUUAUAUUGCAGAUAUCACACAAUUCAAUUAAAACUAUAGACAACUUAGUAAAAAUGCAUCUUAAACAUGAAAUUGCUAUGGUGUCUAAGUUAUUCUUCAAGCAUACAUUUGAUUCCUUAAAUAUUUUGUCAGGUUCAAUAUUUUGCAGAACACUGAGAAUAUUUUAAUGUUUGUUACUUUAUUACUUAUUGCUUAAAAUGUCAAAUUGAAUUAUGUGUGUUACAUGUAUUGUCAUUUCUGCUGAGUUUCUAAUAUUUUUGAAUAACAGGCCUAAUUAAGGAGUUUUUGUUUUGAUUUAUUAUUCAGUUAUAUACAAUUGUUAAACGUCUAAAGGACCACAGCACCUUUUUUCCUUUUUUGUUGAAUUUGUGAAAAGUUUAAAUUCAUAAAUGAAUAGCUACUUUAAAUUUUCAAAAAAAGUUUUUUUUUUGUUUUGUUUUGUUUUGUUUUUUUUUUUUUUAAUGCAAAGCAUUUAAUCCCAGAAUUUUGUUAAUAAUGUUUGUCAUAACUUGUUGCAUUUGGUGGCAUGUUUUUGCUAGUCUCAAACCUUAUUAUUGUAUUUUACCAUUACUUGGUGGAAAAAGUGGUGCUACUGCUGUGUCUUUAUGUGACAAACACUUAAGCCUGAAAUACUUUAAAAUAUAUACAUAAAAAAACUGGUAAAAGCACUAAAUGUUUCAAAGAAAUCUUAAAAUCACAAAGCAAAAUGGCACAAGAAGGCAUGUGAAAAAUUUAAUGAAAUCCACCGUUUUUGUUGCUUUAUUGCAUAAAGGCAAUCUGUAAACAAUUUCCAGCAGCACUUGGUUACUGUUUAUUUUGAUGAAGUUUUAAGCACUGAUAUUCUUUCUUUAGGAAACCCGAGUAGAGAACUCUAGUUCUGUUUUACAUCACAUUCUAGCUGAGUUUGGGAAAUCUGUUCUUCAUUUCCUUUAAACUGCAAAUGCUUCAACGAAAAUGGCCAAUUCGCCCAAAUGUAAUUUACACCCAUCUCCACAUUAUAUGUGUUGUACUAGUGUAAUUGUCUGGUUUACAGUUUAGUUUCUGUCAAGGGCCCCUCUUCCUUUGUUCAGGCAUAAGGAGGUUAUCCCACUUUUAUAAUUAUAUCAGAAUUUACAGUGGUGGGUUAUGUCAUAUUGGGGAAAAAAUAGAUCCAGUUUUUUAAUGAGGCUAGUCAUUGUGUGGCUUUUUAUCCUUAGGACAGAAGUAGUUCAGCAUUAUCUACCUAUGCCAGUGACUGACUAUGAGUGAGUUGGGAAAAUACCGAGUGGCCAUCUGAUUGCUGAAUUUUUUUUUUUUGCUGCUGGGUGUGUUAACACUGAAUGUGGGUUUAGAUCAGAUCGUUUCAAUUAAAUCAUAAUCUGAUCCACCUCUUUUGUGAGCAGUCUUGACUAUUGUGCUUUAUACUUGAAAGCCUUGACUCAGAGUCACUUCAGGUUAUUGCAAGUGUAUAGAUAUUUGGGGCACACGGAAACUUGCCUUGUGUAUUUCUGAGAGUGUGUGUCAGUGUGACUGACCUUGUUUGUUGACGUACCUGCAAAUGUGCUUUGGACAUUUUCAGAAGAGUAAAACCAGUUUGCCUUUAAGAUUAAAAUAAAGUGCCUAUGUUACCUUA